AAAGGGACUCGUCUCUGCAGUUAGAACAACGAGUCCCUGAGGUUUUACGUCUGCACAGUCUGAGAAACUUCUGCAACAAUGAAGCUGCUUUUAGCAGGAAUUGUUCUCAUUUUCAUGGCUGGAUCUGAAGCUCAAUGGUACAAUUAUCCUGUUCAAGCUGCUCAAGGAGCUGGUGAUAUGUGGAGAGCCUAUCAGGACAUGAAAAAAUCCAACUGGAUUAACGGUGAUAAAUAUUUCCAUGCCAGAGGAAACUAUGAAGCUGCGCAGAGAGGACCAGGAGGCAUGUGGGCUGCAGAGGUCAUCAGUGAGCUCAGAGAGCUGAUGCAGGGAAUGUCGGGCCAGGGUCCUGAAGACGAAGCUGCCGAUCAGGCGGCAAAUCGCUGGGGACGAAGCGGCGGCGAUCCGAACCGCUACAGGCCAGAGGGACUCCCAGCGCAAUACUGAGAAACGUAACUCCUGCUAAAAACAUUACAGUGCUGAAGCCGAGGUGAGCGCAGCUGCAAUGUCAUUUUUAUAUCACCUAAAAAAAAUGCUGUUUGUGAUACCCCAAAACUCAUAAUUUGGUAAAAUUUUUGCCAUUUUAAAAAAACUUAA